AUGGACAUGUCCGGAACGUCCUCAACAGCCAGCUCCAUGGCCAUGGCCAUGGCCUCCACGGCCACCACCUCCGCCGCCGCCGCCGCGACCAGCACCGCCAAAAUGAGCAUGGGAGGCAUGGGCGGCGGCAGCUCAUGCAAGAUCUCCAUGCUCUGGAACUGGUACACGGUCGACGCGUGCUUCAUCGCGCGCUCGUGGCACGUCCGCAGCGCCGGCGCCUUCGCCGGCUCCUGCAUCGGCGUCAUCCUGCUCGUCGUCUCGCUCGAGCUGCUGCGCCGCGCCCAGCGCGACCUCGACCGCUACUUUCGCCGCGUCAACAGCAGCGCCACGUCCGGCACCGGUACCGACACCAUCGCCCGCGAGGAGGGAGUGAGAGCAGGAGGAGGGGGAGGAGGAGGAGUGGCUAGUAGUAGUGCGUCGAGCGGGGCGAGUAGCGGGAAGGGGUUUGUUGGUGCUGGCGCUUCGAGGAGCGGUGGUGCUGGUGGUGCUGGUGCUGGGGGAGGCGGUGGCGGAGGCGGCAUUGGUCCGCUGAGGUGGUGGCAGCAGCUCGUGCGGAGCGCGCUGUUCAUGGUGCAGUUCGCUGUCGGGUACUUUGUCAUGCUGCUGGCCAUGUACUACAAUGGCUACAUCAUCAUUUGCAUCUUCAUUGGCGCGUUCCUCGGGGCGGCCAUGUUCCAGUGGGACACGUACUACAGCGGUGCUGAGUAA